UUGCGAGGCGGCGCGGCGGGGCGGCGGGCCGGGCCGGGCCGGGCCGGGCCGGGCGGCGGCGUCGCGCCGGGGCCGGGGCGAUGAGCGCGCCGCGCCGGCCCCGCAGCCAUGGAGAUCCGGUGCGGCGGGCUGCUCUUCAGCUCCCGCUUCGACUCGGGCAACCUGGCGCACGUGGAGAAGGUGGAGCCGCCCGAGGGGGACGGCGGCCCCGCGGCCUGCGGCGCCGCCCUCCCCGCCGCCGACUACGAGUUCAACGUGUGGACGCGGCCCGACUGCGCCCAGACCGAGUAUGAGAACGGCAACAGGUCCUGGUUCUACUUCAGCGUGAAGGGGGGGGCUCCGGGGAAGCUCAUCAAGCUGCACAUCCUCAACAUGAACAAGCAGAGCCGCCUCUACUCCCAGGGCAUGUCGCCCUUCGUGCGCACGCUGCCCGCGCGGCCCCGCUGGGAGCGCAUCCGCGAGCGGCCCAGCUUCGAGAUGGUGGAGGCCCAGUUCGUGCUGUCCUUCGUGCACCGCUUCCUGGAGUGCCGCGGUGCCACCACCUACUUUGCCUUCUGCUACCCCUUCUCCUACACGGAGUGCCAGGAGAUGCUGGCGCAGCUGGACAGCCGCUUCGAAGAGUGCAGACACAUGUCUCCCAGCAGUCCCCUCGACUCUGUCUAUUACCAUCGAGAACUGCUCUGCCACUCCUUGGACAAGCUGCGGGUGGACUUGCUCACCGUCACCUCCUGCCACGGCAUGCUGGAGAAGCGAGAGCCCAGGCUGGACAAGCUCUUCCCGGACGGCAGCACUCCCCGACCCCACCGCUUUGCAGGAAAGCGGGUGUUUUUCCUGAGCAGCAGAGUCCACCCGGGGGAAACACCCUCCAGCUUUGUCUUCAACGGCUUCCUGGAUUUCAUCCUGCGAGAGGAAGACCCCCGUGCCCAAAUGCUGCGGCGGAUGUUUGUCUUUAAGCUCAUUCCGAUGCUGAACCCGGACGGGGUGGUGCGAGGCCACUAUCGAACGGACUCCCGUGGGGUAAACCUGAACCGCCAGUAUCUCAACCCCGAUGCCGAGCUGCACCCUGCGGUAUACGGGGCCAAAGCCGUCCUGCUCUACCACCACGUGCACAGCCGCGUCCUGCCGGGCUCUCCUGACUGGAGGACGUACGUCUCCCCGCUGAGCACCAGCUCGCUAAGCACAAAAUCUUCCAAUCAUUCCAUUCGCAGCAGUGCCCUGUCCCUGGAGGCACCCCUCUCUGAGCUGGAGAAAGCCAAUAACCUCCGUAACUCAUCCAGCGCCUGGAAAGCCAGCACUUACUUCAGCCCUUCUCAGGACCCCCAGCCGUCGGGACCGCCCGCCGCUGGGCUGGGGAACAAGGACCGAGCUGUCUGGAUUCUCCCUUCUAACCGCACCGCGGAGCACUGUGAGGAGGAAGCCAGGAGGCCUCCGUCAACAUCUCUCCCAGAAACCAUCCUGCCCCAGGACAGCGGGCUGGCCUACUACGUAGAUCUUCACGGGCACGCGUCCAAGCGCGGCUGCUUCAUGUACGGCAACAGUUUCAAUGACGAAAAUGAUCAGGUGGAAAACAUGCUGUUCCCUAAACUCAUCUCCUUGAACUCGCCUCACUUUGACUUCACGGGCUGUAACUUCUCGGAGAAGAACAUGUACGCCAAAGACAAGCGGGAUGGGCAGUCGAAAGAGGGCAGCGGGCGAGUGGCCGUCUACAAAGCCUUGGGCAUCAUUCACAGCUACACGCUGGAAUGCAACUACAACACCGGGCGCUCGGUGAACAGCAUCCCCGGGGCCUGCCACGACAACGGCCGGGCGAGCCCCCCGCCGCCCCCCGCCUUCCCCUCCAAAUACACCGUGGAGCUGUUUGAGCAGGUUGGGAGAGCCUUGGCUGUGGCAGCGCUGGACAUGGCAGAGUGCAACCCGUGGCCGCGGAUCGUCCUGUCCGAGCACAGCUGCCUUAGCAACCUGCGAGCCUGGAUGCUGAAGCACGUGCGCGGCAUGAAGGGCGCAGCGGGGUGUCCGCGGAAGAAGGGCGCCAGGACCCCUCCCAGGAGCUGCAAUGGGCUCCCGACCUCGGCCUCCGAUAACGCCCUGUCCCGCGUGAGGAGCUCCAGCAACGGCACCAGCGGGAGCGGCAGCAGCCAGCAGGACUCGCCGCAGAUCAGGCCCUCGCCCAGUUUCCCCUCCAGCUGCAGCAGGCCGUCCGGUGCAGCCCCUGCGAGCCAGGGCCCCCAGAAAGGCAGCCCUAGAGCCCCGGGACCGGUCAGAGACUUGUCCACCGCCUCCCCGCGCUUUGACGAGGCCCGUGUGACGCUCGCUGGCACGUUCCCUGCGGCUGGGAAGUCAUUUCCCCCCUCCGCGCUCUCAGACCCGCCAGCCCUGGACACGCAGCACCAGCAGCGCCCGAGCCCGCUGCCAGCAGCAGCCAGCAGCAUCCACCUGCCUCCUCUCCCUCCCCGUGCCCGGAGCCCGUCGCCGUCCCAGCCGCCUCCCCACUUGGGCGCCUGCUCCCUCCCAGCCUCCCUCGCGUCAGGGCCGCUGCCUGCGGGCGACCGGGCAGGACCGCGGGAGGCCCAGCGCGGCGGGGGAGAGCCGAAGGCCCCGCACGGCACCGCGCCGCUGCAGGCGCUGCCGAAGAAGCUGAGCGCCAGGAGGGCCCUGGAGCAGCCCAGCCCUGGGGGCCCCCCCCCUCGCCCCAGCAGGAUCCCCGUGCGGAGGAAGGGGGUGGCGGCCGGCCCGAGCCUGACGGGGCUCCGCUCCGACGGCACCGCGGCCCUCCAGGCCUGGAAGCAGAGCCCCGGCGCGCCCCGGGCCGCGCAGCCUCCGCCAGGGCUCUGCCAGGAGGCUCCGGCUCCCGGCGCGGGGGUGCAGACGGCGGGGCAACUCUUCCUCCGCGAGAGCAAGCGCCUGCGCCCCAAGCGUGCGCCAGGCCCCGCCGCAGACUCCCCCUCGCUCAGCUCCUACCGCCAGCUCCUGUCCUUCUGCGCUGAGGCCUGAGCGCAGCCACCAGCGCAAAGCCGCGCCGCACGCGCGCGGGGCAGGCAGCCGCUCCGGCCUCCUUUCACACCAAAGCUGCACGUCGGCGCAGAGCCCGCGCCCGUGUCGGUGCCGUGGGUGCACAGCCGCUCCGCCUCGCGCCCCUUUCAGCCUCUCCCGGGCUCUGCGGCACUCAGGGCCCGACCACGCAGCCGGCACGGAGCCCCCACCUCGCUCAGCCGCCAGUGCCUACACCGCGCGCUGGGCUCAGCCUGCCGCCGGGGCCCGGCUCGGCCGCGCGUCACCCUCCGGGGCUGUGCGGUGCGGACCCGAGCCGCUGGCAGACGCUGCGUGCUGCGCUGACCCUCCCCACGGCAGCUCGCAGCCCCCGGGCUGCUCUCUGCGACCACAACCUCCCCCCGCCGCUGCCGUGCGGGCCCCGCUCCUCCCAGCGCCCGCCGCGGCCCGGGGCUCAUCCUGCCCCGGGAGCCCGGGCCCAGCCGCCCUCCUGCCAGGCAGCCUCGGGCGCAGGCCGGUGCCCCGCCGCAGCCAGGAGCCCCGUCCCCGGGCCCCCGCCCUCCGCAUGGCAGCACCUCGCUGGGCCGAGGGUGCCGUGGGGCAGCGUGGCGGGGGCCCGGGGGAGGCCCGGCUCCGCCCCGGCGGCGUCGGCGGGUUGAAGAUAUUUUUACGGAAUAGGGUUUUGUCUCGUACUGUGUUUCUAUUAAAGUUUGUUUGGAAGAA